CCCCCGCGCCCGCCCCGCAGCCUGCCGCUGCGCGCGUCUGGCGGAGCGGGUGGCGGGCGCGCCGGGACCACCCCGCGAUGCUACCGCUACCGCCGCCGCCGCCUCUGUAGGGAGCGCCCGAGCCCGCUGCGGAGAGAGGCUGAACAAAGCUCAGGCUCAAUUGUGCUUCCUGCUUGUCAGCCUCUUGCCUCCCAAACGCGUACCGUUUCCACUUGAUGUCAUCAUGCAGAAGGGGGUGAAAGGGACUCGGUGACAGAUGCAGGUUGUUGGUGCUUUUCCAAAAACUCUGGCCAGUACCUUUCUUUCCAAGGAUAGUUCUGCUUCGAUGUCGAGCUAACGAAAUCUGGGGUUAUCUCGAUAGAGCUCCAUGAAAAGCAUCUACCAUCCACCGGUCUUGGUGUUCAGUUCUGGAAAUCUCAGGAUGAAUAGUUGCGCUCUGAACUGAAGAAGCUCGUUAACCAGCCAAGAGGAUAACCACAUCUAAAAAUGAACACGCCUGAGCAUGCCCUGUGCCUGUGAGCUACCUGAUCUCCUCACGACUUUGGCAAGACGACAAGGAAGGCGUGGGGGUUCUGGACUCUGAGAACACACUCCUUCCCCUUGGCCUUGGCCUUCCCGCGCCCAGCCCACCAUGGAGACGCUCUCCCAAGAUUCCUUGCUGGAAUGUCAGAUCUGUUUCAAUUACUACAGCCCCCGGCGAAGGCCCAAGUUGCUGGAUUGCAAACACACCUGCUGCUCGGUGUGCCUCCAGCAGAUGAGGACGAGCCAGAAGGACGUGAGGUGCCCCUGGUGCCGGGGCAUCACCAAGCUGCCCCCGGGCUUCUCCGUGUCGCAGCUGCCCGACGACCCCGAGGUCCUCGCGGUCAUCGCCAUCCCGCACGCGUCCGAGCACACCCCGGUCUUCAUCAAACUUCCCAGCAAUGGGUGCUACAUGCUGCCCCUGCCCAUCGCCAAGGAGCGAGCGCUGCUGCCCGGAGACAUGGGCUGCCGCCUGCUGCCCGGGAGCCAGCAGAAGUCCGUCACCGUGGUGACCAUCCCGGCAGAACAGCAGCCCCUGCAAGGCGGGGCUCCCCAGGAGGCGGCGGAGGAGGAGCCGGACCGGCGGGGCGUGGUGAAAAGCUCCACCUGGUCCGGGGUGUGCACUGUGAUCCUGGUGGCCUGCGUCCUCGUCUUCCUUCUGGGCAUCGUGCUGCACAACAUGUCUUGCAUUUCUAAGCGCUUCACUGUGAUAUCCUGUGGCUGAACGGGACUGCAAGGGAAGGAAGUCUCUCGUGGGUGCCAACUGGGGGUUGAGCAGGUGUUGGUGAUGGGGUCGCAGUGAGGAGAUGGGGGGACGACGCUGAUCGUUUGGUGCCGAGCGCUGGCCUCUGGGCCUGCCGCUUGAUGAACCGCAGACAGACACGAAGGGUAGAUGCGAGGUCUCAAUGACACGCCAGGCAAAUCAUUCUGAGCAUUGGCGGCAACAGCUUCGAAGACGAUUGCAUGCAUCCUCAUAAUCAUUUAUUAAAUGGACUGUAGUUUAUGAUUUUUCAAAAUCAUGUUACGAGAUAGACAGACGUAUUCUACUUAGACGUUAAACCGUGCAAGUGCAUACAAUGUGAUCUUCUCUAAAUGUGGUAGAUUAAAACCAAGAUGCUAUGUAUACAGUAGAAUUAACCCUGAGAAUCCAUGUAAAAAUUCAGCGGCAACACGCAGCGCCGGUUUCUUUCCCCUUUUUAACGGAAACCCAGCCUUCCUUCAGUUGCUAAGGCUUUUUAUACUUUUUGAACGGCACCCACAUUAAAAUAAGUGAAGUGGACAGUCGUUUUUCGAAGACAAUGUCUGAACAAGUGUUUCCAGCGUGUUGCGUUUUGUUACGUACCUUCAGUUUUCUUCCCUUGUAAUUAGAGCUCGCUAUGUGUUUAUUAAACGGAAAGCCCAACAGGGGAGCAAUAAAGUGAGUAAUCAUGAGAAAUGCCUAAUCCCACAGGAACCCUGUAUGCCAAUUUUUCUCAAGCCAUCUCACGAAAUAGGGAUUUUAAAUGUAAAUAUUGCGUAUUUGUGUGUGUGCGUGUGUGUGUCAUUUGAUUUACCUCAGGUUUUGAAUCUUUUCAGAAGAAUCCCGGGAGUAAGACUUUGUGGGCCUGAGUCCAGGGUCUGAAACGGUGGCCCCCUCUUGAGCACCGGGACCCACACAGUGAAGUGUCACUCGCAUGUCACUUCCAACAUUUGCUCCUCUUCUAUGCAUUCAAGUCCUGUAUCCUGUGAGGCACGAAUGGAGAGGAACAGAAGAGAUUCUGUCUCUUCUCCCGAUUUGGAGGUAUCGUAAUAGAUACGAGUGUUGUCCAUCGAUGCCAAACCUAGACUGGCAUUUUAACAGACAGUCCACGAUUACUUUUUGAAAGAUACUAUUCCAUGAGAGCUGAACCAUUUAGAAUUCCGGUGUCCUCUUGCUGGCGUAAGUGAGAAAAUCUCUUGUAUUUCAACAUACGUUGUUAUGGAGAAAAGUGACAAGGUAAACUAACAGCUCACAUUCCCAAUUUCAGUGGACCGGUUCCAUCAGAAGUUCUCAAAUAUUUUUCAGUGUGUAGUAAGUCUAUAGAUGCUCAUGAAGAAAGAUCUACUGUCAUCAAAGGGUAAAUUCCUGUUCCUGGAUGUGUGUGCGUUCAGAAAUAGCUAUGAGUUUGACAAUUCUCUUCUAAUUUCUUUUAUGGAAUUCAUAAAGCAAGUGUAUUUGAAAGCUCAAAGUAGAAAUUAGGUUAAAAUGCCAUUUUAUUGUGUAAGCUAUUGGGCAUUAUACAACAAAUAAUCUAGGAUUUAUUUGGUAUUAAUAAUUUAGGUAUCAUAUUAGCUAAAUACUAUCCUCUAUUACGUAACAUAAUAUACUGUUGGGUUAGUGUCAAUUUCUCAAACUCUUCCAGGCUGCCAUAAUGCAUGUCUGACCUAAUUUCUAUUCCUCUUGGAGGAAAAAAAAAAAAAAAAAAAGAAAGAAAGAAAAAACACACCAAAAUGUCUCAUUAAGAAUGCUACGUUUCAAAUGGGCUUUUACCCUUGCAAUUUUCAGCCAGGCCAUAUUUAAGUUAAUUUUUUGAAUGAUAAUCUACAUCUGUUUACGUACAGUAGGAAAUGACUGGCCCUGUAGUGUAGCGGGUCCUAGAGUUCUACGUGUUAAGUAGGUUAUUUGUAGACACUAAUGUGUGUGAUGAUACAGCGCCCUGUGUUUCUUAGUGCAAAGCUGUAGAAUAAAAAUGUCCACGUAACUUAAAAAACAAUCCCAUGCUAGAGCUUCAGUGAAGCAGUGCAAAAUUAAUCGGCUCUGUGAUAGAUUCUUGACUUUACGGUUUAAGGUAGCGAGAACACCUAAACCAGAAUUUUUUGUGUGAGACUUACUGACAUGAGAAAUCCUGUUUAAAUGGAUUCUGCCUGCAGUUAUUCAUGCGCUGCUCGUUAAGGUGUGCAUUUGUGCACACACGUGCGUGUGUGUGUGUGUGUGUGUAUGUGUGUGUGUCAUAUCUCAGCCUGCAGAUAAAGUUUUCCUAGACUUGAUGUUUUCAUGAUGGUUGACAUCCCACUGCUCUGGCCUCUUCCGACAUUUACCCACGACACUAACAACUCAUCUGCCCCCUGUGACAAAAGUCCAGUGACACAAUCAACCAGAAGUCACAGUUGCACAUCAAUGAAAAAGUCACAACCGAAAGCACAGAAAGUUGGAGCUGAAAGCAGCCUCUGCUGGCUUCAUUUUGUACAUGAGUCCGUUGAGGCCCACAGAGGGACGUGGCAGCUUGCAAUUCUGCAGCGAAGGGGAGUCGAGAACUUUGCACUGUAGUUCUCUCUUGCUCCUGCCUAGGCCAGUUGACAUCUCUGUUGGGCGAUGAUCUUUUUGAGGGUGGACGAAUACACUUUACUAACUCAGCUAUUGCUUUAGGGUUUUUUUUUUAAAUAUAUAUAUUCAUUUUAGUUAGCAUCUACCUCUCUGGAAAAUGACAGGAGGGUUGAUUGAAGGAAGAGUAUAGACAUUUAACAAAAACAACGCGAUUUGAAGUUUUGAAAUUGCAAACCAUUGGUUCCCCUCCCCCUUCUUAUAUAAAGGACAAUGAGUGUUGUGUAAAUAGUAAACCUUAAGAAGCAUGAAUUUUCAUCUUUAUUAAUGAUCUUGACAUAAGCAAGAGAAUGCUUAAUAUGUUAAAUAGAGCCAAGUAUGCUAUCAAAACAGCAUUGUCUUUGGAAAAUUUUUGUGUAAUGACCUGGGGCAUAAGUUGUGAUGAAAAGGCAAAUUAGUUCUCAGUUCCGGUCAUAGUUUAUGAUUAGAAAGCUAAAAGGUAUUUUCUUUAAGAAUAUAAUUAAGUUUAAUCUUGCGCAUGACUUAAGAGUAGGUCCCUUGAAGGUUAAACCGUAUGCUGGCGCAGCCUUUGAGGUCUAGUCUGUUCAAUAGAACUUUCUCUGAUGAUGGAAAUGGUUUAUAACCUCUGCUGUCCAAGAUAGUAGCCACUAGCCACAUUGGCUAGUGGGCAGUUGGAAUGGGGGGAGUACAACUGAGGAGCUGGUUUUUGCAUUUUAUUUAAUUUUAAGUUAUUUAAACAUAGUCACUCACAUAUGGCUGGUGGCUACCAUAGUGGACAGUGCAGUUCUGGAGGGCUGUGCACUGGGAUCUAGCAUCAGAGUGUUAAUAGAGUAACAGAGUAAGGCCAAGAAGACAGUUGGUGGUUUAGUAACAUGCAGUUGGUUGAAAAAUUCCUUUCUGGGCUUAAAAAGUAUAUGAUCUCAAGUAUGACAAUAAAAAUGUACUGAUCGCCCUUAGGGGUUGUUACUUACGUAUGUUGGGCCAAAGAAUGAUCAGCAAAGCUUAAAGAGUGCUUUAUGAAGCCCCUUUUCUGGGAUCAUUAGCUGCAUGUGAAUCUAUCGUCCCCAAAUAGUAGUUAGACAGUAGCUGUAAGAUGUUUGACUUGCAAGCUAUGCAUGACCUGUACUGUGAAACUGUGUUUAGGGUCUUAUGUCCAAAAAGUAAAUGUUACAGAAAAAAAAAAAAAAAGUCGAAUGAAAUUCCUCUUCACUUCUAUCAUCUUACUCAAACUUCUCACUGCAUUAGUAAGGUGUGAAAUGUAAGAGCAAGCACGUUUUGCAGUGUUCACGGAGGGUUUUCGUUUGCCCUUGAAGUCUGCCAGCUUGUCGUUGUAUUUGGUGUGGGCAUAUGUGGGCAUCCUUUUUCAGGUGCCAGACUAAAACGUAGGUACGAUUUUAGAAUGAGAUUUGACACUGUUUUAUAGUCUCUUUGGUUUUUCCUUUCAGUUAUCACUGGACAAAUUAAAAAUUUGCAGCCUUGCUCAAAGACUUUUAUUUUUUACAUUAAAAAACAUUGCCCAUGGAAUUUAAAGACUUGAGGGUUAUUAAAAUGACUAAAAUUGCUUUUUAAGUGAGUAGAGGAAAGCAGAAAAUUCCGUUGGAAAUACGUUUUCAUAGAAAGAUGAGACUCUUCCUGAUAGUAUGGAAUUUAUUCCAGUCUAGAUUUCAUAAACAUCGCAUUUGUUUCGACUGAGCAGAAUCGGUGAAUAUUUUUUUUUCCCUAGAACUCAUCCGUGAGCAUGACUGUUCUUUUUAGCUUGGUUUUUUGCCAAAAUGGUAGUUUUUCUUUAGGCUUAAGAGGAACUUAGAGGUCUAAAGGCUAUUGGUAUGAGGAGUGAUAUCGAAAAGGUUUGAAUUUCUAUCUUGAGAAGAAUACUGCUGCCAGCCAAUCAGUGUUUUCUUUCCACACAAGAAGUCACCAGUCAGUUGAUCUGUUGUCCUGGACCUGGAAGGAAAGACCGUUCCUUGCCAUUUCCAUCUAAAAGGUAACCCUUACCAAAACAGAAGCUCCAAAGAAUUAAGUGAUCAAGAUCACUCAGUACCUAUUGAAAAUAGUAGUCUAUUUCAAAAGCAAUGAAGAUCAGUGAAAUUUUAUUAAGCAUGAAAUACUUCUAAAAAAAAUAAGUGGCAAUUCAAGCCAUUGAUUUUUUUUUUCUGACCUGAUUCACUGUAUAGGGAUAUAUAUCUAUAUCUGCACACGUAGGUAUAGACAUAUAUGUAGAUACACACACAAUGUAGCUGUAAUAAGAGUUAAAAAAUCAAGUAAAAAUGUUAUUAGUCAUGUCUUCCCACUUGUGGGUUAUAUGAUGUUGAAUUUAGAUGUUAAUUUCUUGGCACAUGCUAUAGGCUGCAUACAUUGUAUCAAACCAACCACCUUUGGGAAUGUCUAUAGAAAUAAACCCAUGAGACUUUUCAAAUAUACAAAGAGGUGGGUUCUACUGUAUACAUUUUAUUGGAAAGCCAUUGAUGACUGAAGAACAUAAACAGGUGGGGCAUUUAAUUUCUGUCUUCCAAAUGGCUUGUUUUUUGGCUCUGCUCAAGCAUCAUGCGGGGAGUACCAUUAUUCCUGAACUCUUGCAACAUGGCUCCGAUUUCUCUGCGCAAGUUUCCUUGCACAGUUGGGCCAAUGGGUUUUUCUCUUUUUCCCUUUUUUUUUUUUUUUUUUUUCUUCAGGAUUCACUGCCUGGGGUAUCCCACUAUGUAUCUCUCACUUGUGAUGUAGUGGUGCUUGAAAACACUCAUCUCGUUAGCUGGACUUUAUUAUUCUAGUCUAAGAUUUUUGAUACUAUUCAUAUUAUGAUCUUUUUAGGGACAAUCAGUAAUAUUUGGGGCAAAGUACAGAGGAGUCUCUCAAAGUCUGUGACAGCAUGUAUUUUCUUUGUUUUUCUGGGGGUGCUCUCAUAGCUGUCCCUGUUCUUCUAGAACACUGCUCUAAAUUCAUCACCACAGGAUGUAGGGCUAAUAGCUCGUGUGGAAGUUUCCUGUGUUCUUCCUGUGAGUUACUGGGUGAUUCUAACAAGAGUUUUCCAAAGGGACAUUCGGUUUUUAAUUUGACAUUUGCUUUUUGAGAAUCCAGAAGUAAGACAGUUGAACGUGUUGGUGGUAAAGGAGCAUGGGCUAUAAGAAGGAGGAAAUGGAUGAGGCAGAUGCCCCCAUGAGGGAAACAAGUAUCAAACUCAAUCUGUGUCAUCUCUGUUUAAGCAGUGGGAGAACAGGCUGCUGUCUUACACUGUGCUUCAGAAAAGUCCUGGUCUGAUGUUUCUGGCUGAGAGACAACCCACCCACUGUGUGGGAGCAGUGGGGACGUGAUCUUGGAUCUAUAGCAAUAGAUAGGCAGAUCUGCCCAAGACGGUGAGAAAAUACUUGCAUAAAAGGAGGGAAGUCUAUAAUGGGAUUAUGGGUCCAAAACCAAAUAUAAAGGAGCUGAAGGUCCAUCAUGGCAGAAACCAGCUGAAGAAAAAAACACAAGGACAACUAGGAAUAACGUAGCCAAGCACGAUUUGUCAUUCUAGAAUGGCCUGCCGAAUUCAGUUCAGGGUGUUGAAGUUGAAGACAUCUAGGGAAUGGGCUCAGCUGAUGAGCGGAUCCAAGGAGGACCCCUGGGUUGUCCCCACACCGGUCAAUUUGAGAGCUUGCUCUUAGAGGUGGUUGCUGAAUCAUUACAGACAAACUCUCACAAUGGCCUCUUCACAGUGGAAUGCCAUGCCUGUGCCUGUGGAUGUAUCCUGACUUGAGUAGGUUGAUACUAUUGGGAAGACUCGUUCGAGACUAUUUUGGUUUUUCUCCUGGUUGUUGUCAUUUAUUAUAUAUACAGUUUUUACACCACCACGUGUUCCUGUUUGCCUCACUUGACGGUUGCAGGUGGGGAGGCUGGUUUCAGCGUGGGGCAGAGGAACUCCCCGACGUAAGCCAUGCAGCUGCUGCACAGGGUUCCUGCCCUUCUUCCAGCUCCACUGGUGGGUUCCCUGGCCCUCUGGAUAACUAAUACUCCAGUCAAAUGGCUAGAUUAAUGCUGCUCAGAGGCUAACUCAAGUCCUUGACGUGUUUCAUUUACAAUUAUGUGGAUUAUUUAUUUUGGGAGCUUUUCUUUUAAAGGGCCAAAUAGCCCUACAGAUAAAUGAGCUGCUGGGCUGUGUAGAAAAUAUUGUUCAAAUGUUGCCAAAUAAUUGACUUUGGAAGGGGGAUAUCAAGCUGCUGUUUAUAAAUCUGAAUGUCUUAAAAGCACUCUUGCUUGCUCUCUCUGUUGUAGAUGGUGUCUUAGCAAGUCCUGAGGUUUUCCAAUGAACCCCAUUUUAAUAUAUGGUAUUUUUGUAUGCCAAACUGGUGUCUUGUCCUUUGUAUAUGUGGUAAUGUUGAUUUUAUGACUACUGUUAAAACACAUUUGCUAUGAUUAAAAUUCAUAAAACGAUUUCAAACAGA